CAGGGCUGCGACGGCUGUUACCGACCGAACUUCUCUCUAACGGCAGCCAGCACCGAGGAGCCUCGGUAAAAGCAACGUUGGGAUUAUCUCCAACCCAUCAGCUCCAAGCCGCGCUUGUUCUUUUAAAAGGAAAACACUGUUUCCUGUCCUGUAAUAUCACCAUUCGCCUUAUCUCAUUGCCUGCUGUUUUCUCUUGCCUGUGUCUUUUUGACUGUUUUGCACGCCGCACCGUCCUCCGUAUCACCACCAGUCUUGUACAAUCACUCACUUGGUGGUAUUUCGUCAUAUAUAUAGGAGCGCGACAAGAUAUCCGGGCCACCCGCACCAUGGAGAACCGCGCAACAUUGCUCAGGCCGCCACCUCCCGACCCCAACAAGGCGCCCAUUGAAAAUGUCUUGGAAGUGACAGAGUUGGCUGUGUUAGGUCCUAACAUCUUCACCAAUGCCCGCAAACCCUGGCACCCGCCGGGAGCUCGUGGCAUUUACGGCGGUGCCGUAAUCGCCAUGUGCCUCGCCGCCGCUCAGCGCACCGUAGCCGACGACUUCCUCCCCCACUCCUGCCACUGUUACUUCCUCCUCGCCGGCGCCUCCAACCUCCCCAUCCUCUUCCACGUUGAGCAGGUCCGCGACGGCCGCAGCUUCGCAACUCGCACCGUCCAGGCCCGCCAACGGGGCCGCUGCAUCUUCACCACCACCAUCUCCUUUGUCAAGGAUGGCUCCUCCGGUGCCCCGGGAACACAAGUCUCCCACUCCAGCGCUAUGCCCAUCGACCCAGCCACCAAACUCCCCGUCCAACCCCCGCCGGACGACUACGACGGUGAACCCCCCUCCAUGACCCAAGGCCCCUUCCAAGGAACACAGAUCCAAAUCAUUUCCCCCAGCGGCACGUCCACCGAUCCCCGCGAUAAAAAGACACGCCAAUGGCUGCGGUCAAGAGGGAAAAUCACCGGUGGCACCGCCGCUCAUCUCGAGGCCUUGGCCUACAUCAGCGACAGCUACUUCAUCGGCACCGUAACUAGACUUCAUAACCUGUGGAGGUUUCCCCAGUUCAAACCAGAAGACUUUGACAAGCUGAAGCCCGACAUGCAGGAGAAGGUCAGGACGCUGCAUCAGUGGGAGGGGAUGGGUGAUGAUCCGAGGGAUAUGGCUGGACGACCGACGUUGGGCAUGAUGGUGAGCUUGGACCAUACGAUUUAUUUCCACGAGCCGAAGAGGGUCAAGGCGGAUGAGUGGAUGAUGAAUGAGAUGGAGAGUCCGUGGGCUGGGGAUGGGAGGGGGGUGGUGAUGCAGAAGAUUUUUGCAAAGGACGGGACGUUGUUGGCUACUUGUGUGCAGGAGGGUCUUGUGAGGUUGCAGCCGCCUGAAAAGGAAGCGAAGGAGUCGAAGUUGUAGAUUAAUGAUAUGUUUGUGGGCUAGACCCUUGUUUACACAUUGAAGAUAGAAGAGGGGAGUUGCCCUCUUGUAAUGUUGAAUACCGUUUGUUCAAGCAGGGGCCACACAGAAGACAGCUAGCUGCCAGGAGAGAAGAUGAGGUCGUGGAAAAGUGGCGAACAUAGGCAGAGCAACCCCACGAAUGCACGGUUUACAUAUUAGGUCAACCACUGCUCUGUUCACCGAACGAGACUCCUGGCUCUGCUCUUGCCAAAUGGCUUAGCAGUGUGUGGGAGUCGCGGCAUCGACUUGGGUAAGGACCAAAGAGUCACCAAGAGGGGUGUCCGUUCGAGUCUUUCUUGGAGUAAAACCUUUGGAGGUUUUCGUAAUCGAGUCCACCCUAGGUGGCUUGGUGAGCUUUUUGAUUUUUUGCCAUUUUGUGCUGGAUAGUUGGUACCUCUGGAAGUCACUGACAGGUGGGUGGGUGUCUUAAUUUUCUUUUGGCCGUUGAUGUACGAUGCUGUAGUUGUGGUGAUGCGAAAGCAAACAAACAAUCGAGAGGGUCGUUGCCCUCGACCACAU